AUCUCUGUAGAUGCGCAGUGAAUUUUACACACUUCAGCCGGCUGGUCUGAAGAAAAAAAUCCUUGGCAGUUCUAAAAAAACAACAACAUCUCAGCCCUUACAGCAAAACCGAAAUACAGCGAAAAUUGUUACAAUUAAGCAUAAUAGAGGUGUUUAAGGCAGGGAGUUGCCGUCAGGGAUAUUUUGCUUUCUGUGCGCAACAAAGCAUACGAGUCAGAAGGACUUGUUGCAUCCUCGGGUUUUCAUUUGGCCCUUUGAUAACUUGUGCUCAGGGCCUGGGCUUGGACGAGCGCACUGCCACCAUGGACCAUAGCAGCUGGAGCGGAAGCGAGAGCCCUGCAGACGACAUGGAGAGGAUGAGCGACGAGGCCGACAAGGGCAUGGACGGGGACCCCGAGGGGGUGUGGAGCCCCGACAUCGAACAGAGCUUCCAGGAGGCGCUGGCCAUCUACCCCCCCUGUGGGCGCAGGAAAAUCAUCCUCUCAGACGAGGGAAAGAUGUAUGGUCGCAAUGAAUUGAUAGCAAGAUACAUCAAACUAAGAACGGGAAAGACAAGGACAAGAAAGCAGGUCUCCAGUCACAUUCAGGUUCUUGCCAGACGGAAAUCUCGGGAGUUUCACACCAAGCUAAAGGUCACAUGUAUGGACCAGAGUGUGAAAGACAAGGCACUGCAGAGUAUGGCCUCCAUGUCCUCGGCUCAGAUCGUCUCUGCCACUGCCAUCCACAACAAGCUGGGCCUCCCAAGACCCACCUUCCCUGGGGCGACAGGAUUUUGGCAGGGUAUGAUAUCCACUGGCCAGCCUGGAUCAUCACAAGACAUUAAGCCAUUUUCCCAGCAGACCUACCCCAGCCAGACAGCUGUAACGACCACCAUCUCAGCGUACGAGCCCCCCACGGCUACAGCCCCGGCCUGGCAGGGACGCUCCAUCGGGACCACCAAACUCAGACUGGUGGAGUUCUCUGCCUUCCUGGAGCAGCAGAGAGACCCUGACACUUACAACAAACACCUGUUUGUGAGCAUUGGACAGACCAAUUACUCGUACAGCGAUGCCCUACUGGAGGCUGUGGACAUCCGUCAGAUCUACGACAAGUUCCCAGAGAAGAAGGGAGGACUGAAGGAGCUCUUUGGAAAGGGCCCUCACAACUCCUUCUUCCUGGUCAAAUUCUGGGCUGACCUGAACUGUAACAUCCAGGAUGACUCUGGGGCCUUCUACGGUGUAAGCAGCCAGUAUGAGAGCUCUGAGAACAUGACCAUCACGUGCUCUACCAAGGUGUGCUCCUUCGGCAAGCAGGUGGUCGAGAAGGUCGAGACGGAAUAUGCCUGCUUCGAGAAUGGACGAUUUGUCUACAGGAUAAGCCGCUCCCCCAUGUGUGAAUACAUGAUCAACUUUAUCCACAAACUGAAACACCUGCCUGAGAAGUACAUGAUGAACAGUGUCCUAGAGAACUUCACUAUCCUAUUGGUGGUGACUAACAGAGAAACACAGGAGACGAUGCUGUGCAUGGCGUGUGUGUUUGAGGUGUCGAACAGCGACCACGGAGCUCAACAUCACAUCUACCGGCUAGUCAAGGAAUAAGAGACUGAUUCAGUAGAAACGUGCUGGGACAAACUAUCACCAAUCUACCUGAAGGACAGCUUCUGAAGAAUGGAGGGAAGACAUUGAAGGACGAAUUCUUAGUAAUUGACAGAGAUAAAUCGCUGUUGUGAUUGGUUGGUUGUGAGAGUGACUUGAGGCAAUCGCCCAGUGAAACACACCUUCAGAAAGACAACCUUAUGGAAAGUGGCUGUGCCUCUACACAAAUCCCACCCACAAUGUCCUUGGGUUACAUUGGGGUGAAGUUUCUAAUGGAUAAUAUCAUUAUAUUUGUAUUUCGUAUGUAUAUUUGUAUGAGUGCAGCUGUCAAUUUGUGGUACAGUUGUGUGGUGUCAUUUUUCCAGACUUGGUCAUAUCUGUGGUGUACAUAUGAAGGGGCAUUGUGUAA